UUUCCAGAUCUGUAUGGGGGUCACUGGAUCCAACUGUUCCAGUUGCCUUUAGUAAAGAUAGAAUCCAGACAACCAAAACCCAACAGUAAAGUAGUCUUCAAUUUUGCAUAUAAAUAUAUGUCAUCUUCAACUUCAUCUUCAUUUCCACUCCCUACCUCCGUCUUCUUUCAACAAAGACGGUAAAAAAAUGAGCCAAAACGCGUAAAUUCCUCCAAACCCAGAUCCCUGCAACAAUCCCAUCAAAGAAAACAAAAAGCUAUAUGUAACAAGAAAAAGCAUUUAAAAGAAACAUGGCCAUGGCGAAGUAUUCAAGAGUUGAUGGGAGGAAGUCGUCGAGUUACUGUUCAACAGCUGUUAUAGUUGUGUUUGUUGCUUUUUGUUUGGUUGGGAUUUGGAUGUUCAUGUCCUCGUCUGUUGUCCCACUUGAGAAUUCGGAUUUGUCAUCUCAGGAGACUAGAAAUGAGGCGAAGCAAACACUGCAAGAAGGCGUUUCUAAGCAAUUUGAUGAUACCUCAGGUGAUAUAUCGGAGGAUGCAACAAGAGAAGGUGGCACUAUGCCUGGUAAAGUAUCCUUGAAUACUGAUGAGGAAUCUCGAAAGUCAGUUGAGGAAAACCAGGAAGAAAAUCAUGGAAAUGAUAGUUCUGAUGAGAAAACUGACUCAGAAAAUGAACAAAGGACAGUGGAUGGAGAUGAUGGGAGUGGAAAUGGUAAAGAUGGGGAGAUGGAUUCAAGAGAGGGAGAGUCAAAUUUAGAGUCGGGACAAGCAGAGAAUGAAGGUGGCGAAAUGAAUAACAAUGUGCAGGCAGAAUCAGAGGAGAACUCAGGUGAAAUCAGAUCUGAGUCAGCUGAGGGUGGUAAGAACAGUGAUGAAGAAGUAAGUGAAGAUAAAAUAAAACAUGUUGACAAAGAGGAUAUUUCGACCGUGGAUAAUAAUGAAAAGAAUCAAGAUGAGAACUCAGAACCAAGUGCCAUUGAGAACAGUGCAGAAAGCGAGGAAAACAAUCAAACUUCAAACGAGAUUCUUCCCACUGCUGCUCAGUCAGAAAUUUUGACCGAGUCUACAACUCAGAAUGGAGCUUGGUCGACUCAAGCAGAAGAGUCACAAAAUGAGAAGAAAUGGCAACAAGCUUCAAUAUCCAAUGAAGAAAAUGAUCACCAGUGGAAAGUUUGUAAGUCAACUGCUGGGCCAGACUACAUUCCAUGCCUAGACAAUUGGCAAGUUAUCCGAAAGCUUCCAAGCACAAAGCACUAUGAACAUCGAGAGAGGCACUGUCCUAGUGAACCGCCUACAUGUCUUGUCCCACUACCUGAAGGAUAUAAGCGCUCAAUAAAGUGGCCUAAAAGCAGGGAUAAAAUAUGGUACUACAAUGUCCCCCACACCAAGCUAGCAGAGGUUAAGGGGCAUCAGAAUUGGGUUAAAGUAACCGGUGAAUACCUUACCUUUCCUGGUGGUGGAACUCAGUUUAAGAAUGGGGCACUUCAUUAUAUUGAUUUUCUUCAACAAUCUGUUCCUGAUAUUGCAUGGGGAAAAAGAAGCCGUGUGAUACUUGAUGUUGGGUGUGGGGUGGCUAGCUUUGGUGGCUAUCUCUUUGAAAGAGAUGUUCUUGCAAUGUCAUUUGCUCCAAAGGACGAGCAUGAAGCCCAAGUGCAGUUUGCACUUGAACGGGGAAUUCCUGCAAUAUUAAAUGUGAUGGGCACCAAAAGGCUACCUUUUCCUAGUUCUGUCUUUGAUGUUGUGCACUGUGCACGUUGCAGGGUUCCCUGGCACGUUGAAGGUGGCAAACUUCUGUUAGAGCUCAACCGAGUCCUCCGACCUGGUGGGUACUUCAUUUGGUCUGCUACUCCAGUUUACCAGAAGCUUCCUGAAGAUGUUGGCAUUUGGCAAGAUUUUGGGGGCUGUGGUUUUUUAAUGGCAGAGAUGUCUCGACUAACAAAAUCGAUGUGCUGGGAUCUGGUGACUGUCAAAAAGGACAGAUUGAAUGCUGUUGGAGCUGCAAUAUAUCAAAAGCCAGCUUCCAACGACUGCUACAACAAAAGGUCUAAAAAUGCACCUCCACUUUGUGAAGAAUCUGAUGAUCCUAAUGCAGCCUGGAAUGUAUCCCUUCAGGCAUGCAUGCAUAAAGUGCCUGAAGAUUCAACAGAGCGGGGAUCCCUUUGGCCUGUGCAAUGGCCAGAACGGUUGGAACAACCUCCAUACUGGUUGAAUUCUCAGAUCGGCGUUUAUGGUAAGGCUGCUCAGGAGGAUUUCACUGCAGACUACAAUCACUGGAAAACUGUUAUCUCUGAGUCGUAUUUGAAAGGGAUGGGAAUCGACUGGUCUUCUGUGAGAAAUGUCAUGGAUAUGAAAGCUGUUUAUGGAGGGUUUGCUGCAGCCCUGAAAGACUUGAAAGUCUGGGUUAUGAAUGUAGUUCCAAUCGACGCUGCCGAUACACUUCCAGUAAUCUACGAACGUGGAUUGUUUGGAAUACAUCACGAUUGGUGUGAAUCAUUUAAUACAUACCCGAGAACGUAUGAUGUUCUUCAUGCAGAUCAUCUCUUCUCCAGUAUUCAGAACAGGUGCAAGUUGGUUGCGGUAAUUGCAGAAGUUGAUCGAAUCCUGAGGCCAGAAGGGAAGCUGAUUGUACGAGACAAAGCCGAAACGAUAAGCGCAGUGGAGAGCAUGGCUAAAUCUCUACAAUGGGAGAUCCGAAUGAUUUAUUCGAAAGACGGUGAAGGAUUGCUUUGUGUUCGCAAGAAAUUCUGGCGUCCCACCGUGGAAGAACCUAUAAAGUCUGCCAUUGUUUGAACACGAUGCUAAACAUUACUCGUGUGUUUUCCACAAUUAGGCGUAAUAUUUUACAGAUUCUUUUUCGAUUCACAAGCAUGUUAUAGUCUGUAAUCCAUUUUCGCAAGUGUAAAAUUAUAUAGUCGACUACGUUAGAAUGAAUCAUAAUUUUUGUAUCAAUUUUCCUUGAUGGAAUUAAAAUAGCUAGUUUCAUUA